UGCUGUGAAUGUCACCUGACACACUUCUGUCAACGUAAGGGUGUGUUACAGUGGGCUAGAAAGCUUUAAAAGAGACGAAAAAGUUGAGGUAGGAAUUAGGCAAGACUGUGCAACAACCUCUUUUUCACCAACCAGCCCGAUCGAUUUGCGCAAACUGACAAGUGCGCUGGAUGUGGCGCGUGAGCGACUCCGAUGUUGAGGAUGCGAGAGGCGAAACCACAACUACACCCUUCUGCCAGCCUACUGUACGAGCUGAGCAAUUUCUGUCCGUUUUUUCUUACUCUCUCCUGACGGGAUAUUAUGCCGAUUUUUUUGUAUUUUUUGUCUUUUAAGGGUUUGUCAGCGGACUCACGACGACUGUGCCCAAGAACAUUAACUUGAAGAAGACGUGAAACUUGCUCUCUCUCCUCUCUCUGCGCCUGAAUGGAAGAAACCUGCGGAGUAAAUAUAGGGUCCGCUCACCUGAUUUGGGUGAUGAGAAUUCGUAAACGAUACUUGGGAUCGAUGGAGUCGCCUCUGUUAUCUUGUUCAUUUACUGCAUGUUGAGCAUCGACAUGUAAAGAAGUUUUCUCUCAAUGGGUUUACGCAAGAAACAGCGGGGAAUAUCUCUGCUUCUGGAAGGGUGACCUGGCUGCACGUCCCCUUCUGCAUUCCCCUCGAGUGAACUUUGACCUGACAGGCUGGGGACUUAACCCCCCGGCCCACCCAGCAAAGCUGCAGCAAUGUACCAGGAAGUGGCCUUCCUGGCUGGCAGCACUGAACACCAGUUCACCACCUUCCACUUCAACCCGGACCCUACCCCCCCGGAGGUCACCACCAGGAAGGGCAUUUUUUACAAGCGCGUCCAGCUGCUCCUGCCCGACCAUGAGGUCUCCCUGCCCCCCCGGGACGACGGCCUCGCCCCGGUUGCCCCCGCCCCGGCCGGCGACACCCCGGCCAUCAUCAACGUGGGCGGCAUCAAGUACCGCAUCCCGUGGUCGACGCUGGAGGAGUUCCCGCUGACGCGCCUGUGCAAGCUGCGGAGCUGCAGCAACUCGGAGGAGCUGCUGGACGUGUGCGACGACUACGACGUCAGCCGCAACGAGUUCUUCUUCGACCGCAGCCCCUCGGCCUUCCGCUCCAUCGUCACGUUCCUGGCCGCGGGCAAGCUGCGCCUCCUGCGGGAGAUGUGCGCCCUCUCCUUCCAGGAGGAGCUGCUCUACUGGGGCGUGGAGGAGCAGAGCCUGGAGUGGUGCUGCCUGCGCAAGCUGAAGCUGCGCCAGGAGGAGCACCAACAGCAGCUGAGGCGCGACGAGGAGGAGGCCGAGCUGGCCUCCCCGCUGUCCUGCGAGGAGGUGCAGCAGAGCGGGGGUGGGAGUGGAAGCAGUGGCGUCGGGGGCGGGAGCUCUGUGGCGCCGGAGGAGACCCGCAUGGCGUGCUGCAUGAGGAAGCUGAGGGACAUGGUGGAGAACCCGCACUCGGGUUUGCCGGGGAAGAUCUUUGCGUGCCUGUCGGUGGUGUUCGUGGCCAUCACCGCCGUGACGCUCUGCGUCAGCACCAUGCCAGACAUGAGGGCUGAGGAGGAGAGGGGCGAGUGCUCCCAGCGCUGCUUCAACAUCUUCGUGCUGGAGACGGUGUGCGUGGGCUGGUUCUCCCUGGAGUUCCUGCUGCGCUUCAUCCAGACGCAGAGCAAGUGCGAGUUCCUGCGCACGCCGCUCAACAUCAUCGACGUGGUGGCCAUCCUGCCCUACUACAUCACGCUGGUCGUGGACGCGCUGUCGGCCAAGGAGCCGGGCGAGCGGCCGGGCUCAGGCAACAACAACUACCUGGAGAAGGUGGGGCUGGUGCUGCGCGUGCUGCGGGCGCUCCGCAUCUUCUACGUCAUGCGGCUGGCGCGCCACUCGCUGGGGCUGCAGACGCUGGCACUGACGGUGCGCCGGUGCACGCGCGAGUUCGGCCUGCUGCUGCUCUUCCUGUGCGUGGCCAUGGCCCUCUUCUCGCCGCUGGUCUUCCUGGCCGAGAGCGAGCUGGGCGCCAAGCAGGAUUUCACCAGCAUCCCCGGGACCUACUGGUGGGCCGUCAUCUCCAUGACGACGGUGGGCUACGGCGACAUGGUGCCGCGCUCCAUCCCCGGCCAGGUGGUGGCGCUCAGCAGCAUUCUCAGCGGCAUCCUGCUCAUGGCGUUCCCGGUCACGUCCAUCUUCCACACGUUCUCGCGCUCCUACCUGGAGCUGAAGGAGGAGCAGACGCGCGCGCUGCGCCAGAGGCCUGACUCGCAGGACAGCACCAAGUCGCAGAACAGCGACGACUCGCAGGACACGGACAACUCGUACCACAUGACCGCCGCCGCACAGGCCUCCGUGGCCGCGUUGCACCGACGCUCCAUCGCCGUCAUGGCAACGCAAAGGCAGGACGAGGUGAAGAGGUUGGAUAAGACCUAAGGCUGGUGCGUGUGGAGAAAUAGAGUUGCUUCAAACUGUCUUCUUUUAAAAAAAAAGAAAGAAAGAAGUAAUUUAUGAAGAUGUGUGAUUUUUCAAUGAGCUGGAAUAAGCUUAGGAAUAGUCCGACACAGCAAGCAGGUUUUGGAGCAGGAAAUACAUUUUUAAAGUGCUGGAACUGAGGACUACAGUAGAGUUUUCUGCUGGGUUAGUGAGACAGUGAUCACUGUUCAAAGACAUGGUUCCUGCUGCCAGUGUGUGUUUUCGGCAGAUUUUUCUCGCCGAAUGUAAUUAUGAAGAAGCCAUGUUCCCUUUUCUCUUACAGUCCCCUCCACACUUAUUGGCAUCCCUUGGUAAAGAUGAGUAAACAAGAGUUAUUAAAUUCACCUUUUGGGGAAUAAGCUUAGUCUCACGCUAAUAAAAUGAGAAAUAAUCCAACCUUUGUUUGAAGUAGAUUCAUUCUGAGAAAAAUAAAACUCAUCAAGAAAUAAUUAUUUUUAACAAAACCACAUGUGGCGCACAAUUAUUGGCACCCCUGCAUUUAAUACUUUGCCCAACCUCCCUUUGCCAAUAAAACAGCACAGAGUCUUCUCCUGUAACAUUUUAUAAGGUUGGAGAAUACAGACCAGGGCAUUUGAGGCCAAUCCUCUUUACAGAAUCUCUCCAGGUCGUCCAGGGUCCAAUGUCCUCUCUCCACUCUCCUCGUUAGCUCACCCCACAGGUUAUCUAUGGGGUUCAGGUCAGGGGACUGAGAUGGCCAUGGGAAAAGCAUGAUUUCGUGUUCAGUAAACCAUUUUUGUGUUGAUCUGGACAUAUGUUUUGGAUCAUUGUCCUGCUGGAAGAACCAAUGUUGACCUGGCAGAGGCAGCCAGAUUUUGGUUUAAAAUGUCCUGGUAUCUAUGACCCCAUGUACCCUAAGGAUAUUCCCUGGGCCUUUGCAGGAAAAACAGCCCCCCAAUAUCACAGACCCUCUACCAAACUUAACAGUGGGGGAUCAGGUUAUUUUCAGUAAGUGUUUGUUGCCAAAAGGCUUAAUUUUUGUUUCAUCUGAACAUCGUUCCAAAAUCCAAGUCCCAGUAGUAUUUCACAAACUCCAGGCGAUGGCGUUUGUCAUAAAAAAAGGCUUUUUUUCCUGGCAUGCCUUGCAAAUAAUCUAUUGUCAUGGAGGUGGCGUCUGAUGGUAGUUUUGGAGACCUCAUGACCCAAAGAUGUUAUGUUUCUCUGUUACUCUCCAACAGCGAUCCUUGGGGAUUUGUUCUCCUCGCUGUUCAUGGGGGCAAAAUAAACUUGGGUCCUCUUCCAAGCAAUUCCGGUUGGUUGGAAUGAGAUGGCCUUUGUGUCACCUCAUAUUUAUACCCAAGUGAAACAGCAAGUCAUGGAAAAGUUUGAAAGUUUCUAAACACUUCUAAAACAUAAAUGAAAAGAUGCUUCAGGUACAUUUAGUUUCUAAGAAUUUCUAGGGGUGCUAAUAAUUGUGGCACAUGUGGUUUUGUUAAAAAAUAUUAUUUCCUCAUUAUUUCUUUCCUCAGAAUAAAUGUACUUAAAUUAAAGGUUGGAUUUUUUCCAAAUGUCUAAUUCACCAAGUCCUUUUCACUCAUCUUUCCCAGGGCUGCCAGUAAUUGUGGAGGGGAUUGUAUUUUGUUGGACUUGAGUGCUGGUUGCAGUACCACCGGGUGGCUUUUAAUGUAUGCUUUUUUUAUCGACAGGAAAUGAGACUGUUUUAUGGGUUCUUUUUUCCUUUCUUUUUUUUUUACCAGAGUGUUUCUAAUCCUACCGCAAAACUCCUUUAAACUGAUGAGGGCUUGUCACAGGACAGACAGAGGCCUCCAGUGCACUUAGUUGUGGUGUCCGUCUGGUUCGUGCCGUCAGUCUGUCACUGCACGUUUUGCACUGUCAGUGCUCGGGGGGGCGGUGGGGCGGUGGGGAGGUUGGAGUGGAAAAAAGGAAGUGCAUUUCUCUCUGUCUUUUACACAGAGUGAAAAAAAAAAAAAAAACUAGCUGCCUGUACUAUUUGUGGAAACAACAAUCCCAAUAGCAGACUCACCUUUCAAUUCAUGCACAGCAGCACUGUUUUGAUACGGACCAGAUUCCAACCCACUCUCUGUUUGGCUUGCUUUAGACUCCCUAGACUCAGGGCUUGCUGGUUUCAAUAAAGACGAUUAAGCAUAAAAUCUCUCUCCUCUCUCCCAUCACUGUUCCACGUCCAGUGAACAAACAUCCGAACAGUAAAAUAUUCCCUGGCAUUUGUUGGCCUGAUUCAAAUCCUAGUUAUUGUUCCAUUUUUACGCACCUCAUUAGGCAUGAGCAGACCAUGGCAGUGUUGUGAUGCAGAGCAGACCAAACAUAGGUUAUUUACUUAUUAUUAGGUUAUUUAUGCAGCUUCAAGGAUAACGAUGUUGCUUAUUUAGUUUAUAUGCAUGCAAUUUAAAUUCAUCAGCUAUACGGCAAUUGAAAUGUUACUUGUCGGUGAGCAGGCAGGGGUCAUUCCGUCGACUAGGCAUGCAAAGCCACAGCACAGCGUCAGCCCUGUUACUGCAGUAGCUGCAGAAUAACAGCAGCAACAUUAAUAUUAAUACACCAGAAUUUGUAACAUCAUGAACAAUUAUUAUGUAUUACUGUAGGACAAUGUUGGCAUGUAUGACUCCUGACAUCAUUAUUGGACUAGCACAACGGGGAUAUUUUUACUUAAAAGCCAAUAUCCAUAAUGAAUGCGUUAUGAAUGAACAGCUGUCAGUAGUUAGCAUGCUACUAAAGGGACUCCAAUGUUGUCAUGUUCCAAACCUUCUUCCAAUUGCGUUCACAGGCAGGAUAUGCCAGUUUGGUCUAUAUAAAGCUCUGUAGACACAAUAGAGGAUAAUAGAGAAUAAAGCUGGCAUGGCUGGUUUGGGUAAAGGCCCUGCUUAACAAACACAGACACACCCAAUAAAUACAGACACACAUAUAUUACAGGCACACACAUCAACUGCCUCUCAAUUCACUAGACAGCCAUUAACAUAAAUCUGUAGUGUUUUUCAAUGCUAACAUCCAAAAUCAAACAUUAUUUAGUUACCUUACUUGAAACAUACUUGAUUGUGUUUCUCAGAGAACACUGAAGAUGUUCAAGCUGUGAAUCUUGUUUUUUCUCUCACUGCCAGUGGCAACAACCUUUUAAAAAGCCAAUUAGUCAGUCAUUUAAAUAGCCAUCAUUCACAAAUGGCCUUAGAAGAAAGAUUCAGUAAUCAACCGAAUAAUGAACUUCAGCACGACAUCAAUAGUUCUGCCAUGCUCCGCCUUCAUAGAAUAUCUAGCUGGAGGAUAGCUCCUGCACUCACCUCACUCUACGGGAGUUGGAUUUCAAUCUUUUACUGAACAGCACAAAGAUAAUAGAUGUUAGACCUUGCUAGUUUUUGUCUGUUUUUCAUUAAAGUGUGAUGUCUUGACGAGUAGUACAUGAUGAGGCAGAGUGCAAUCUGACUGAAACACCCGCCGCCAUUAUCCCCGUCAAUUUGCAUCUUGCUUUCCUGAGCAGUACCUCUUCCUGCAGGCAAUCAGGAGUGUGAUAAAAGCUCCCAGACACCGAGAUGGUCUAAGUCUAAUGGCGCUCAUUCACAGCCAGCCGAACCCAUCAGGAAGAGGCAUUAGGUAGCCUAUGAGCCCGUAACAGGCCAGACAGACAGAACAGCCAAGACAGAACAGCGUGACACAGACUCAAUGCACAAAUCCAGUAGCCUACAACAUUUACAACUAAGAAUUCGUUAAAUCUUUAUAGUUCUAAUAUGCUGUGCUAAUUUGUUUCAACUCAAAAUUCUGUUGCUGACCAUUGAAGAGUCUUUAAAUGAACAAUGUCUGUAAUAGUUUUGAAAUAAACAUGUCUGGAUCAUAAAA